AUGCAUAUGAUCGGGAACCUAUUCACUAUUUCUGGAGCCUCCAUUGACGCUGGGUAUAUUGAGCCCUCGAAUGGCAAUGGAUAUGUCUUCCAGGGAGACCGUUAUGCCUGCAUCAAGGUCAUUCCCAACACGACCAUCGACCAGAUUGUCUGGGGCCCAAAGAAGUAUUUCGAGGCCUGGAAGUCUUUAGUCCAAGCCGGAUUCACCAUGGUUGACGCGGUUAUCCCAAUUCCUGAUGGCACAGGUGCAAUCUGGGUCUUCAGUGGCCUUCAAUACGCUCGAAUCAAUUUCAAAGAGGACAAGGUUGUCUUCGGUCCAGCUUCUAUCGCCGAAAACUUCCCCUCGCUUGUUAAGGCAGGGUUCCCUACCAUCGAUGCGAUUUUGCCCACCCCAGGGGAGCCCAAGCAUGCCUACGUGUUCUACAAGGACCGCUUUGCGCGCAUCACCUUGACUCCUGGAAAGGCCGAAAGCUCCAUCGUCAGUGGUCCUGCUCCUAUCGCCGUUCACUGGCCAGCUCUUGCUAGCUCAGGCAUUCACCGUCUUGAUGCGGUGAUCCCCGCCCCGGGAUUCCCGAGUGAUGCGUACUUCUUCCUUGGAGACAAGUACGUUCGUCUUACGGUUGAGCCAGGCAAAAUCCAGGAAAAGCUUGUAUUCGGACCUGCAUCGGUUGUGAAGCACUGGCCUGCGCUCAAGGAUCUGUGA